AUGUCAGACCCGUCGAACUACGUUGUGGGCUGGAUUUGUGCCUUGAUGACCGAAUACGUUGCUGCCCAAGAGUUACUUGAUGAAGAACAUGACGGGCCCGCCUUCGUCUCAUCAAACGAUACGAAUGAUUAUACCCUGGGGAAAAUGGGGCAACAUCAUGUGGUUAUUGCCGCCCUGCCUUACGGUGAAUACGGGACCGCUUCCGCUGCCAAUGUCGCAACGAAUCUGCUGAACAGCUUCCCCAACGUCAGAAUCGGCCUGAUGGUCGGUAUUGGGGGUGGUAGACCGAGCAAGAAACACGACUUUCGUCUAGGUGAUAUUGUUGCAAUGCAGGGCCAGGGACUUCAGAUUACACGGUUCUUGAACCAGCCACCAACUAUAUUGCGCACUGCAAUAACAGGAAUUCAGGCACAAUACGAGAGAAAGGGACAUCAGAUCAAGAAUACUAUUCAGGAUAUCAUCGAAAAUAACCCAAGAUUACGCCGAAAGUACCAACGGCCAGCACCAUCUACUGAUAGAUUGUUUCAACCCGAGGUCAUUCAUACCUACGAAGACUGUACCAUGUGUGCUGAUGGUCCAUCGAACUUGAUACUACGAGUUCAACGGGCAAGCGACGAGGAUGAUCCUGCCAUUCACUAUGGCCUGAUUGCUUCUGGAAAUAUGUUGGUCAAAGAUGCUUUGAUCCGUGACCGACUUGCCGCAGAAAAAGACAUUCUCUGUUUCGAAACGGAAGCCGCAGGGUUGAUGAAUUCUUUCCCCUGUCUGGUAAUCCGAGGCAUUUGUGACUACUCAGACUCACAUGCACCUGAGAAUGAAGAGUGGCAAGGCUAUGCGGCUAUGGUGGCAGCUGCAUAUACUAAAGAUCUGCUGUAUCGAAUUCCCUCAAACAGGGUUGAGGCUGAGAAGAAGAUUGGUGAUGUUCUAUCUGAUCUUAAAUCUACAAUACAUGACCACAUGGAAAUUGCACAAAAGCACCUUAAGCUACAACAGAACUCAGACAUAAGGAGAUUGACCGAAAAGCAAGAAGAAUGUCUUCAAUUGUUUCGCCUUACCACAGGUGACACAGAUACCACAUACGAGUGGUAUAAGGACCGUGUCGGAGAUCGAGUGGAGGGCACCUGCAACUGGUUCCUAAAUCAUGCGAAUUUCCAGAGAUGGUUAGAACAAGAGUCAGGGCCACUACUAGUCUCGGCAGAUCCUGGCUGUGGGAAGUCUGUCUUAGCGCGAUACCUUAUUGACAAUAUAUUACCGCGAUCAUCAACCAUCUGCUACUUUUUCUUCAAAGAUCAAGACCAGAACACGGUCCGCCAAGCACUUUGCGCUCUACUUCACCAACUCUUCUCACAAAUGCCAUUCUUGAUUCAACAUGCGAUAGAGCAUUUUAAGACGGAUGGGCCAACAUUGAUCAGAUCCACAAUAAAGCUCUGGACUAUACUAGAAAAGGCUUUAAAUGAUACCCAGGCAGGUUCUGUGAUCAUUGUGCUGGAUGCGUUGGAUGAAUGUGCUGAGUCAGAGUUUGAGAACCUCAUGCAAAAUCUGAGGUGGAAUAGUCUUCAGCCAGACCGCGGAAAGACAAAGUUCCUUUUGACAAGCCGGCCGUAUGAGCAGAUAAUUGACGAAUUCAGAAGCCUGCUUCAUUCCUUCCCCUAUAUCCGUAUACCGGGAGAGGAAAAGUCAGACGAGAUAGGUCAAGAAGUUAGCCAUGUCAUCCAGUACCGAGUCGAACGCUUGGCGGAAGAGAAAGGGCUCCCAGAGCUCGUCAAAAACCACCUAGCUAAGAAACUACUUCAGAUUACCCACCGCACAUACCUGUGGGUCUAUCUUGUGUUUGACUACCUCAAAGCCACGAACUUCAAGAAAACACUGAGAGGGGUGGAUUCUAUUUCAGCAAUGCCAGCCAAUGUUAAUGAGGCUUAUGAGCAGAUUUUGAACAAAUCAAAAGAGCAAGACAUGGCCCGGAGAGCCUUGAGCAUCCUUCUGGCGGCCAGCCGGCCAUUGAAAAUCUCUGAAAUGAAUAUUGCAUUGAAUGUUGAUAAUACCCUAAAGUGCAUACGCGACCUUGACCUGGAGGAGAAGGAUGACUUCAAAAUACGUCUUAAGACUGUUUGUGGGCUUUUCGUUUCAAUCCACCAUGACAGGAUCUACUUCCUCCAUCAAACGGCUAGGGAGUUUUUGCUUGCUGAUGCAGUAUCACCAGUCUCAGAUACGUCGGGCUUACUUUGGCAACAUUCCAUCACCAGUCAAAGCGCACAUGAUGUUUUAGCGGGUAUCUGUGUGAUAUAUCUGGACUGCUGGAAUGAAGAUGAUAUUUCUCGUGAGCUUGGAAGUGAAAGCAAAGAGGAAGACCGUCAGGUUGAUUCACGCGCUUUUCUGUAUUAUGCGGCCAGCAACUGGGGUAUGCAUGCCCGCACGGCCUGCAUCAACGCUGGCUCGGAUCUAAUUGCUCGAAUUUUGAGGAUCUGCAGUCCGGUCUCUAAAAUAUUUUCCAUCUGGGGGGCUAUUUACUGGUAUGAUUCGAAGCAGGCUUCGGCUCCAGGCUUUAAUGGUCUACUUAUAUCGUCUUAUUUCGGGAUUGAGGCAGUUGUGAAGCUACAACUUGAGAAAGGUGCUAAGAUUGAGUGUCAAGAUACAUUAUUUGAUCAAACUCCGCUAUCCUGGGCUGCAAGAAGCGGACAUGAGUCUAUUUUGAAGCUGCUGCUCGAGAAUGGUGCUAUGGUUGACUCUAAAGAUGAUUGUGGCCAAACUCCGCUGUGCUGGGCUGCAAGAAACGGACAUGAUUCCAUUGUAAAGCUGCUGCUUGAUAAUGGUGCUAUAUUUGACUUUGAAGAUCCAUCUGACCAUACCCCGCUAUGCUGGGCUGCAGAAAAUGGACAUGAGUCGAUUGUAAAGCUGCUGCUCGAGAAGGGUGCUAAAUCUCACUCUGAAGAUAAUCUUGCCCGGACACCGCUGUUCUGGGCUAUAACAAGCGGACAUAAGUCGAUUGUAAAGCUGCUGCUUGAUAAUGGUGCUAUAUUUGACUUUAAAGAUGGAUUUGGCCAAACCCCGCUGUCCUUGGCUACAGAAUACGGACAUGAGACGAUUGUGCACCUGUUACUCGAUAAGGGCGCGACGUUUAACCUUGAAGAGGAAUAA